GUAAAAUGUUCAUUUAAUGUGAACAGUAACAAAAUAAUUGAAGGGAAAAAUAAUAAUCCGAAUUGUCUUUUUUAAAGUUAAUUUGGUUUUUUUUUUGGAAAAUCCUAUUUUUCCAAAUGUUUCUACAAAAUGUUAAAUGUUAAAUUUAAAAACUGAUAAUAUUUCUCCGUUUACAAUAAUGAAUACAGGUAAUACUAAUACUACUAUUAUUACUACUAAUAAUAAUAGUAAUAUUGGUGAUGUUAAUUUUACUGAUAAUGUAAAUAUAUACUCAUCAACCAAUUCUGGAAAUUAUCAUGAAUUAUAUUCAAUAUCUGAAUUAAAUGAACAUUUAACACAUUCAGUAAUUUGUUCAAAAGAUGAUAAUAUAAAUAAGAAUGAGGAAGGUGUAACAAAUUUAACAUAUCCUUUCAAUGUUUCAAUUUCUUAUACUUAUCCAAAUUAUUAUUCACAUCCUUAUCAACAUUUUUAUAUUCAAUCAUCAAAUCAACAAUCAUCUAAUGAUUAUUUAACACGAAAUGAAAUAAUUACUACAUUGAAUAAAUUUAAUUCUACAACAACUGGAAAAACAUCAGUGUCAACAUUAACGACAACAACAACAACAAUAAGCACAGCAACAACCAUAUCAACAACACAAGUUACUGGAAAUAAUAUUUAUUCUAGUUUAUUAGUACCACAAUUUCAAACAAAAAAAUUAAACAUGAAUUAUCCUGAAUUAUCUUUACAUAAUUUAUCAUCAAAUAACUUAAAUGAAACGUAUUUAAAUGAUUUAAAACUAAUUAAAACAACUAUAAGUGAUUAUUUACCUGAAAGAACAGUUGGUCUACAAUCCAAUCAUUGGUGUUUAACAUCAAAUGAACCAAGAAAUAUGGUCCAUAAGAGACAAAUAAAUAAUGGAGGGAAUAUAAUCAUUGAAAAUGGUCAUAAUCAUGUUGAUGGUGUUCAUAGACACAGAGAUAAUAAUGAAGAUGUUGACAAUGAAGAAGAAAUCUAUGAUGAGAGUGAAAUAGAUGAAGAGAGUGAUCUUGCAAAUUUAAGUAGAGCGCAAAACAAUAAAUCAUUAUCAUACGAAGAUAAACAACACUCAACGUACGAAUCUGAAUAUUCAAACGAUAGUGAGAAUUCUAUGUGCUCAGAAAUCAAUAUCAGACUAAAUACUGUUAACAGAAUAAAUCAUGAGACUGUUGGGAGAGUUAAGCCAGAUUCCUCUACAUCACCAUUAUCCUCAGCAUCAUCUCAUUGGUCGAAUAAAUACGAACACAAAGCCCUGAAUUAUCAUGCUCCAGUCAGUAGAAAUUCUCAAUCUUCAUCAAUCAUUAUACAUAAAUCAAACAGUAUUGAUAAUAACAAUAGCGCCAAUGAAAAUAUCAACAUAAUAUCUAACAACGGUAUUGAUGACAGCACAAAUAUAAAUAAUUUACAUCUAUGUGAAGAAACAAACGUGUUGAACUCAACGAUUCAAACACGAAUUCAUGAUAUAAAUUAUUCUAAUAAUUUGACUUUAGACAAGAAUAACAAUCAAAUAUCAACAUACACUAAUGGUGUUCUUUUACAGCAGUCAAAUCCACAACAACACCAGCAACACCUUAGUACAAUUGCGAAUAUUGCCAAAUUUCCUCAAGACCAAACAUUGAAUAAUUUAAACAAGUUUUUUGGUUAUCUCGAUAGUAAGUCCCCUGUACAAACAAAACAAUUUCACUCAACUUCACUAGAGAAUUACAACAUAGACGAUGGUAACUCAGAAAAUGGUCAUCAUAAAAGUGAUCAGUUAAUGAGAUUAUUUAAUCCGCCAAAGUUAAACAACAGUUCACCAUUUGAAAUUAAAUGUCAAAAUAUUUGUUCCACACAACCACAUUUAUUUCAGUCACAACAAACGCAGCAACAAAUUUCACAUUCUACACCUAUUUAUCAUACACAACAAGAAAAUUACACUGAUUAUGAAAAUAAUAUUAAUUCAAUGGAUAAAUUACAAGCUUGUAUUCAAUCAACUUAUAUUGGUACUACUCAUACAACUGACAGUAGUACAUAUUCACAGUUAGAAGAUUUGAAUUUAACAUACGAUAGUACUGGACCAUCUUCAAAUUUAUCAUCAAAUGAAACAAGUUCUGAAUGUUUAAAUUAUGAAAAAUGCAAUGAUAUUUGCAAUAAGAGCGGUAACGUUACUUCUAACACUAAUCUAACUAAUACUAUCAAUAAUUAUAAUGUAAUUAGUAGUCAUAAUAAUAAUUGUAAUAAUAACACUGGGAUUUGUAGUAUAUCUGAUAUGAAAUUACCAUCAAGUAAUACAUGUGUAAAACAAAAGCGUCAUCGUACACGAUUUACACCGAAUCAGUUAAAUGAAUUAGAAAGAGCCUUCUCCAAAACACAUUAUCCUGACAUUUUUAUGAGAGAAGAAUUAGCUUUACGAAUUGGUCUUACUGAAUCACGUGUACAGGUGUGGUUUCAAAAUCGUCGAGCAAAAUGGAAGAAACGAAAAAAGUCGGGAACUCCAUUCCGCAUGACAAUCAAUAGUAAUUCAUUAACGAAGAACGUAAGUUUAACAACAAACAACUCUAUGAAAAACAUAACGAACGGUGAAAAUACCUACAACAAUAUCACUAGCAGUAAUAACCUUAAUCCUUAUAUACAACAGCUAGUACCAACAGCACAAACAAGGAGUCUAGAUGGUUUAAAUUGUUCAAGGUUAGAUAUAAAUCACUCCAAUAGUUUCCUUUUGCAAAGUCCAACUACUUAUUUUGGUGAUAGUAGUUCAAAUACAAAUUGUCCAUUAUUUGAACACUCCCGGUCGAGUACACGAAAAUCUCAAGCAAAUUCAUAUCCAUUUUUCUCACAACUAGAACAUAUUACAGACAAUAUGAAAGUGAACCCAUACUUUGUUGAGUCAAAUUCUAUUGGCCCAUUUGAACAAAUCUUACAGCAACGUUUAGGAUUGCCUCAAAUGCAUAAUAUCCCAGAAGUUAGUACUUUAAAUCAAAUUGAUUCACAAAAUGAUAGACAGAACCUUGAUACAGCACAAAGCUGGCAUAGAAAAAUUGAUUCUCUAAUCACAAAACAACUCAACAGUAUACAUCAACAUGAACAAAAUGAAAAAUCUUCGACAUGUGAAUUUAAUCUAGUUUCCACAACGAAUUCAUGUGAUUUGUUAAGGAAUAGAGUAAAAAAUUUAAAUGAAAUUGUCACAAUACCACCAAAUUUAAUUAAUCAAAAUUCCUCAAAUAUGGAUUCAAUUGAUUUUCCUUGUACCACCGGUACUACUAAAAGUAUUACUAACAGUUCUGAUGAUAUUAUUACAACAACAGCAGAACAGUGUAAUGCAUUAUCUAAUUUAAUGUUAACCAAAAUAUCAAAAGAGGAGCUAAACAAUUUUAUUAAUUCACCAUCAUAUUGA